AUGAGCUCAGAAUCUUGCGGAGGCAAAAUUGUGGAGAUUUAUAGGCUUGCGACUAUGAGGUAUAAAGGGGAUAUUGGUUUGUGGUUUAAGUACCUUGAGUUUUGUAGACAGAAGAGGAAUGGGAGAAUGAAGAAGGUCUUGGCUCAAGUGAUAAGAUUUCAUCCAAAAGAGGCUGGAGUGUGGAUAUAUGCUGCAGCUUGGGAUUUUGAUCGAAAUUUGAAUGUUGCUGCUGCUCGUGCUCUUAUGCAAAAUGGCUUGAGAGUGUGUUCAAACUCUGAAGACUUGUGGGUGGAGUAUCUCAUAAUGGAGCUCACUUACCUGAAUAAGCUGAAAGUUCAUGAGAAAGAAGAAAAUGACGACUCUAUUGUUGAAGAUGUUGAGGAUGCGAGUGAGAAAGUUGAUGUGUUUCGGGAAAAAGGGUUUAAUGUUCUUCAGGCCAUUUAUGGUGGAGCUAUUGAGGCUCUUCGAUCUAGUUUUGACUUGAGGAAGCAUUUUUUGGAGAUCCUUGAGGCACCAGAUUUGGCGCAUUCAGAUGAAAUGCGCAAUACGAUUCUAAGUGAUUUGAAGCGUGAUUUUUCCAAGGACCCUGAAUAUUGGAAAUGGCUUGCCAGACAUGAAAUGAGACAGGCGUAG